AUGGAUUCUUCUCCGUCUAGAAGCUCACUGGGCCCAGCGGCCGGCGUCAAGCGGCCUGCUGCCCUGCUGCCUGCAUUUGAGCCCUUGAGCUCGUCGCCCUCUCUCCCGAGACCCCAGAAGCGUGUUGCACGCGAACCCGCCGUGUCGACCUAUCCCACCCCGGUCCCAACCUCCUCGACUCAUAUAAUGUCCUCCUCGCCACCCGGUAUUUCUGCCUCUCGCGCGUCGGCGCGUCGUACCUUCUCUGCCGCGUCCGAACGUGCUCCCCUGUCCGCCGUGCCUACACUCAUGCUGCCCGAGAAUGGUGAGCCCCUACUCAUGGGUCGGUCAAGUGCUUCGUGCCAACACCAGCUAGCUGCUAGCCGUAUGAUAUCUCGUGUUCAUGUGAAGGCAACCUACAAGCCGGCACCGAAUCCCUUCGACCGGGAUAGGGUUGAGAUCAUGUGCAUGGGAUGGAAUGGGAUCAAGAUUCACUGCCAGGGCAAGAAGUAUGAUUUGGCCAAGGGAAAGACUUUCACGUCGGAUAUCAAGGAUGCGGAUAUUAUGAUUGACGUACACGAGGCUCGUGUUUUGGUGCAAUGGCCUCGCACUGAGAAUGAUAGAAAGGAUUGUCCGUCCACGGACUCUGAACAGACUUGGGAUGAAACUACCCCAACUCAGAAGCGUACCAUCAGAGUACUUCAGGACAGUCCAUUUGCUGAAAACCAGCGUCUGGCUUCCCCCGUUUCGCCGUCGCCUGCCGUGCAACGUGCUAUCCCUCCAUCCUCGCCCAUCUUCACUCCCUCCCGUGCCCGUGCUGCAGUUGUUGUUUAUGAAGAUGAAGGCUCUCCUUUAAAACGCCACAAUACCGUUGGUGGAAUUACUUCCCACAGUGCUCGUCGAGCUGCUGCCAUUCUCCAGGGCUCGCAAUCCAGCGAUCUCAGCUUUAGACCCGAGGACGAGUCAGAUAACGACGAGGAAAACGACCCUAUCAUACACUCCUUCGGUCCAUUUGGUGAAAACUUGCUUCCUCGUAUGGCUUCUUUCCAUGCUGGUGAUUCGCCCGUUCGCCCUGUACGCUCGCCACGCCUGCUGCCCGCCCAGCCUCUUCAGCCUACCCAGUCUCUACGGCAGCCAUCCACCACCCAGGAUGAGAAGGAAGAUGAUGACCUAACGCCAACGAAGGAUCGGUCUCAGCCCGAAGACGAAAGCUUUGAGCGUGUUCGCAAUCACGCAGUGAACCAGCUCGCUUUCUCCCGUCUGUCCUCGACUCCCUUCUCCACCAUCCUCAACAAUCUUCCCCCGUCCUUCUGGAGGUCAAAUGCACACAAUCUUUCUGGCCCAGCUCGGGCUGAAAUCCGCUACAUACUUGAAAAUACAAAGUGCAUUGGCAAGGUUGCUCGUGAAGGCAAGGAUGCCGCUGGCAAGCCGCUCGAGAGCGAGUACUAUUACAUCCCUGACUAUGACGAUGAUGACAUGCGCCGUGAGACCGUCGUGAAUAACCUGAGGAAGCCCGGUUUGCGAAAUUGCCGCAAACAGCACAAGCAAUACUUCUGGCGUAAGCCAAAAUGA